AUGUCCCAUGAGCCCACGGCUAACCUGCACAUCCUCUCGCCCACGGGCUCCGGCCGUGCAUCGCCGUCUCCUCGAGUAACGCGCAACACCGCGGAAGACGCGUCGAAGAAAGACAAAAACUUCCGCCGCUAUGCCGCCGCUAUUGAGCGUGCGCUCGUUCUCUGGGACACCGCACAGCAGGAAUGGGCCGACUAUAUAUCCUUUCUGGGACGGCUAUUGAAGGCUCUCCAAUCGCAUCCGGCCGAGACGCCAGUGAUACCCCAUAGUGAUGCAGUCGCACUCCGAUUAGCGCAGUGCUUGAAUCCAACAUUGCCCUCGGGCGUCCACCAGAAGACCCUUGAAGUCUACGGCUACAUUUUCUCGACGAUUGGAAGAGACGCGCUCGCUCGUGACUUGAACAUCUACUUCCCAGGCCUUGCCUUUGUGCUCUCUUUCGCCUCUCUCUCCGUCCGCCCGCUGUUUCUCUCCAUCUUCGAGAGCCACAUCCUGAAGUUGGAUGGAGCCGCGCUCCGACCCGCCCUGAAAGCCGUGAUACUCUCCAUUCUCCCUGGCCUAGAGGACGAGACGAGCGAAGACUUUGAGCGCAUCGUCUCAGCGCUUGACAAGCUCCGCGAUGCCGUCAAGACCCACACCGACGACAUCACGGAUGCGAAGAGCGAGAGCAGUUCAUCGCAUUUCUGGCAGUGCUUCUUUUUGGCCAUUAUCACUAAUUCCUCUCGUCGCCAGGGUGCUCUUGCCUACCUUGCGCGCCGUCUGCCCAAGUUCAGACUGUCGUCUCGGCGCGGCUCUAUGACACCAGAUGCAAUAGCGUCAACCGACAGCCUGCCAGCAGAAGCCGAGGCAGCUGUAUCACCAGAACCUGGACUGCUAAUCCGUUGCUUUGAGUCUGGCCUCGCCGACUCCCAGCUACUUAUACAACGAGGCUUCCUCGACUUACUCGUGAGCAAUCUACCUUUGGACUCGCCGGUUCUACAGCAGCGGAUCAGCAAGGCAGACCUUGAGCGACUGGUUACCGCCGCCGCUGGUGUUGUCUCCCGGAGAGAUAUGAGCCUCAAUCGAAGGCUGUGGGCUUGGUUCCUUGGGCCCGAACCUUCGCCUGCCACUGAGGGCGGGGAGACUUUGUCUACACCCACCCAGGAUAUCCAUAGCUUCACGACCGACCCGACAGCGUACCACGCCGCGUACUUUUCUCACUAUGGCCUCCAAGCAUUGACACGCAGUGUCAUGAAAAUGAUCAAGCGGCCAAGCCAGCUUCCCUCCGAACGCGCCAGGCCGUUCCGCGUAUGUCUGUCGCUGAUGGACCGUUGGGAGGUUGGCGGCUUAAUCGUCCCAGAAGUCUUUCUACCCGCGUUGCAAAGUAUACAAUCAUAUAGCGAAGUCGCCACGAGAGAUCAAGUUGACGAGGUCAUGAGAAGCGCGAGCACCUUCUUCGACGGCGUCGAUAGCGGCUUGAUCUGGGGAAAGCUCAUCCAUUUGGUCACGUCUUCGCUCGAGCCGGACACAAAUCAAGAUGAGGCUCUACGGAGAAUAAAGCUAGCCAAGUUUAUCCUUUUGCGAUUCAACCUAAAGGAAGAAGAGAUGCUGCUCAAUCACAUGCCCUUGAUGAUAGCCUCGACCUUAGCGGCGCUCAAUGUAGCCCUGGACCCGACAACCAGCAUGACUUCGUUGGAUAAAGGGGUUGCAGACCUCGCCUUUGAGAUUGCAGACUCUCUUAUACAAGUCACGCCCGACCGAGCGAUCAAGGCUGAACGUGUCAGCCAGAAAGACCUAAGUUCGGCUCUAAGCAUCCUGCGGGAGACCGCCUUGCAGAAGAUUAGAGGGUUCUACGACGAGUGCCAAGGGAGCCUUGACGUAUCAGAAAAACCUUUUUCAGCUACUGAGCUCGGGCAGUUCAUGCUGCGGGAAGCAUCACAUAUGUUCGCAGAGUCCAUUGGUUCAUCGACAGCUGUUAUUUCGGCGGAAAUGCCCUCCAGGAUACUUGCGAACCUUAUAUUCAAAGUCCAGCAACUUGCGGCACUGGACGAGGUUGAUCUCCUUACCAUCUUCCAGCACGUCCUCUCCCCGGAACCAGAACUGCCGAGCCACUCCCUCCCGUUCUCCCAUCUGAGUGCUCUAACAACCGUCCUCUCAGCCUUGCAGACUGCAAGGCCACAUGACCCAUACAUCAGCGCCUCUCAAAUCUCAGAUAUCAUUCAACCACUUGUGGCCUCGUUCUGGCAGUACCUGUCGCCACUGAUGCCAAAAUAUCAUGUGGAAGCAACACGAUGCAUAUUACAGCUGCAUACAAUAGCACCUACGAAUCGAAUGGUAGAAGCAGCCGUCUCCUCAAUCAUUGUUCAGGAAUCAUCUCCCUCAGGAUCCAGCUCGCGCGACGCCGGUCGUCGCUUUACAAUUCUUUGGACACAUACUAUGCACGAGCUUAGUCUACAAUCGGAGAAACGCGGCAGCUUGUCACGGCGCACGAGUGGAACCGGUCCGCCUUCAUCUCAGUCAAUAAGCUUUCAGUCGAUCUUGAGGAGACCUUUACUUCUCCUGCUCGACUCACUCGCGGAUGAAGCCACAGACAUUGCCGCAUUUGUGAGAACGUGGCUGCAGGAUCUACCGAGCUUGAACAGAGUCUUUGAGGUACUUGCUAUUCAAUUGCAAUCUCUUCGUUGCUUCGUAGCUAGCGAUAGCUUGGCGCCGGACACGGUUUCCUACCCUCACCAUGCCGCGCUUCAGCCAGAUGAUACGAAGGAGUGCCUGUACUAUCUCAGGCACAUCUACCACAUCUUAAAGCAGCCCUCGCACUAUACUUGGGUCACACUCGCCGAAGAGCCGACCCCGCAGGCUAAUGGAUCUGCUUCCAAGACCCCGUUGCAAGAGUGGCUUAUGCGGAUAUGCAUGAAGACGCUUUGGGUCAACAUCAGUGCAGCGGAAUCUGAUGGAAGGCCCCACCUCCAAGGGCUCUACCAGGUCUCUGUUAGCAUCAUUUCGCAAAUCUACCACAGUCCGUUUGCGACGCCGCUUAGAGCUCUAGAGCUUGAAGUAUCACUAAUGGCUCGCUUACGGACACCCAGUCCCUCUUUACAGAGCCUUCUACUCGAUGCUACCCUCUUAGCGCUCAAGCUGCGUCUCGUCCCUCCGCCUGGAGAGCGAGCGCCGGAGCAAAAAGUACAGAAUCACACUCCCCAGCGAUCCAGGGUGUCUCUAGCCAUGAGCAGGGACUCUGACGACAUCGAGUCUGCGCCUAUUCCGCCACCGCAUCAAUUAGUGGACACCCUCAAAUAUGGAUUCUCUUCUCCCUCGAGCCGGUUCGUAUUGGAUGACUGGGUCCGUUUCUUGGUGGAAGUGCUCCCACUCUUUGCGGAUGCCAUUUUCCAGAAUCUGUUACCGCUUGUGGAAUGCCUGUGCAAGCAGAUAAACCAGACAUUCGAGCAGUUAAAGACCAUCUUCGCCAGCCCGAAGAUAGGGGCCGAUAUCUCCCCGGAGUCUACGCUAAUCUCGCUCAUCAACGGCCUGGAGCAGAUUCUUGCUAGGGCACAUGACCGCUUGACUAUUCAGGAAACGAAGACCGCGGCUAACAAGUCCCCGGAGGUGCAACAGGGCUUCUUUGGCAAUAUGGUCUCUGGUGUUUUCUCGUCCGAAACAAAUCAGGCGCGUACGCCCACGGCAAACACUAGGCUCACAGUUCUGCUGUGUUUCCAAGACACGGUUCGGAUCUGCUUCGCCAUCUGGUCUUGGGGAGGCUACGGACCUAAAGACGGACAACAAGACCCGACCUCAGUAUCAUCGUUUGGAUACACAUCGCUGAGGAUGCGUAAUCGUGCCCGGCGAAUCCUGGAGCACCUCUUUGCUGCGGAGGCUUUAGAGUGCUUGGAGACUUUAGUGGUUCUGUGGGCGCAAUACCCGAAGGACGACAUUCAAGCAACGGCCAUUAUGGGAUUGCUCAACGUACUGAACGGAUCUAAGCCAAAACAUACGAUUCCUGCCAUUUUCAACGCGGUAUACAGUCGUACCAACCCGAAUGCGCUAGACCCGCUCCGGAUGUCCACCUUGACUUCAGAUCUAACCGAUACCGAUUUAGUUGCUUUUCUCGUUGACUAUACCAAGUCGCUAGAGGACGAUGCGAUGGAUGAGAUAUGGCAGGACUGCACCCUCUUCUUGCGCGAUGUCCUUGCGAAUCCACUUCCUCAUCGACAAAUAUUGCCGACUCUGCUUGAGUUCACCGCGGUGAUCGGACAGAAGGUUGACAACACUAACUUCGGCGAGCAACGGAAGAUGAGGAGAGAGCUCGCAGACAUUUUCACCCGAAUACUCACAGCGGUCUUCACCACCCGCUCCAUGGGCUUCCUACAAGACCCUAACCAAGUCAUGGCCGCGGAGAAGUCGUCCACGCCUACGAACGGCAGCCUCGGCCACAAGAGAGCGACAGAUGUAAUCUCAAUCCUUAACUCCAUCGUCCCAUAUCUCCCCACCGUCCUCGCGGACAGCGAGCGCGUGACCACCGUCGUAACGAACAUGUCUACCUCGGUCAUAGGGCCUACUUUCCGCGCCAAAGCGUUCCCAGAGAAUGUCUCCAAGGGCAUUCUAGAUCUACUCCAAGGUUUGGCGAAGGUAUCCCAGGCGAACAAGUUCUGGAAGAAAGAUCUUUACGAUGCAUUCAACGAUGCGAGAUUCUUUAGCACGCCACUAUUUUUGCUGAAAGAGUCAUGGCUACCCAUCCUUGCGCAAUGGAUGCACUCGGACAAGGAACGACUCCCCGAGCUCCUCGCCCGGCUGUCGGCGCCCACGACAGCAGGAAUAAUGUUCGGCGUGGGCGCUACGUCUGCUAGACAGGAAGCCGACCGGAAAACGCAGCUUACGCUUCGCCGAAUUGCGCUGCUCCUCCUCGCCAGCCCGCAAGACACGUUCACAGCCAACAUGCCACUGAUGAUGGAGAAAAUCGUCGAACUUCUAAGUGCCACACCGGCCUCAUCUCCAUCGUCGAUAACCCGCUCUGAAGUCCUUAUUCUCCUGCGCGCCCUCAUCCUCAAGACGUCCUCGAUCCAUCUCGCACCUCUCUGGCCGGUCAUCAACACCGAACUCACAUCCGCGCUCUCCUCGCUGCUCCCCGACGCAGACAACAAAGAAGACUACAGCAACACGGGCAUAAUCCAAGCCUGCAAGCUGCUCGACGAGCUCAUCACGCUUGAUCCCGACGACUUCCAACUCAUGCAAUGGCUCUACAUAUCCGACACCAUCGACGCUGUAUAUAAGCCCGCCAACUCGACCUACCCAGCCUCGCUCACGGACGAGAUAUCGGACACGCUUAGCCGAACGGCUACGCCGUCUGCGCGCUCUAUUCCUCGGCCUCCCACGACCGCCGCGUCCGACAGUGGCGAUCCGAAGCGAAGGCUGUUCUUGGAUCCACUGAUUGAAGCGCUGGAGAAGGAGGAAGGCGCCGAGGUGACGGAUAUGGCGAGAGGCGAGCUGGUGGAUAGAGUGGUGAGGCCGUUUUUGGGGAAUCUGGCGAUGGUGGCUUUUGAGAGUACGUAUCAGGGGGGUGAAAGGGACUGGGAAGGGGUUUGGGCGAGCGUGGUGAGGGAUGCUAGGGGUGUAGAUUAG